AUGACCGAGUCAAACACACUUCAACGAUCCCCCAACAAAGAGCUUAUUUCGGCAAAUAUUCACAAUGCUUCAUGUAUUGAUCACUUUCUGCGGUAUUAUUACUAGUUAUUCGUCUGCUUAUUCACAAGGGUCAUACAAAUGCGAGCCUUUAAAGGAACAAACUUGCUUAGGGGAAAAACUUGACUACCACUACACGACGACGGAGCUUGUAACAGAUUCCAGCUCUCAAGACCAAGUCAAGAAGAACUUAGAAAAGUGGGAAGGACUGAAGUUCUUACCGAAAUGCUGGGAAGUCUUGCAGCCUUUUCUUUGUCAGAUCUACAAGCCAAAGUGCAAAAAUGGCAGUGUUGAGUUACCAUGCCGUGAGCAAUGCUUCGCGACGCGCAAACCGUGCUCAGUUGUUGAGAGUUAUCGGAGGUGGCCCGAGUUUCUUCGCUGUGAUAAAUUACCUGAGGGAAACUGCAAUGGAACGCUGAAAAAGCUCCAUUUGAACGAGUCGGCGUGCAAGGCCCCAUUGGUGGAGACCGCGUAUAAGCCCAGCUGGUACGAGGGUAUAGAGGGGUGUGGCAUACAGUGCAUGAAUCCCAUAUUCAGCGAAGAGGAACACACGCGAAUUCACCGCUUUGUGGCUGCUUUUGGUACAUUGACCACCGUGUGUACGCUAUUUACUGUGGUGACCUUCUUGGUCGGCUGGAAAUCUCAAAACCGUUAUCCCUCGGUCAUUCUGUUCUUCAUGAAUGCAUGCUUCUGUGUCGCAUCUGUAGGCUUUCUGAUUCAGUUUAGCAGCGACGCGCGUAGAAAGGUGGUGUGCAGAAGGGAUGACACUAUGAGACUCGGUGAGCCCACUGAAAGCGAUAGUUUCCUGUGUGUCUUGACGUUUGUCUUGGUGUACUACUUCUCGCUUGCUGGGAUGACCUGGUUUGUCAUGCUUGCCUAUUCCUGGUGCAUUUGUUUCAAGACCCUCGGCAGUACGCGUGAUAACUUUGCCGGAAAAACGGGUUACUUUCACAUUAUUUCAUGGAGUUUGCCUGCUGUCCUCACUGGUUGCGUGCUACUCGUCAAACAGGUUGAUGCCAACUCGAUCAGCGGUAUCUGCUUUGUCGGGUAUAAGAACCCGAGCAUGCGCGCUGGCUUCCUGCUCGCUCCUCUAGGACUGGAUCUAGUCAUAGGUGGCAUGUUUCUCGCAAAAGGGCUUUUCACGCUGUUCAAGCUUCGCAAGUCUAACCCUAACUUCCUGAGUAACCGGGCCUCCAUUAAAAUAAAAGAGACAAUCAUGCGUGUCGGGUUCUUCGCGUUCGUCGCAUUUGCGUUCGUGUUCAUUACAUUCGCCUGUCACGUGUACGAAUACUACAAUCAGGAGAGAUGGGAAAGGAGUUACCGAGCCUUCCUUAUGUGCAUCGCGAAUCACGAGGUGAAGGGUGUGUCCAACACGUGCUCAAUCAAGGACCGCGCGAACUUGAGUGUACUGGAACUGAGUCUGUCAUCUUUGUUUGGCGCUGGCAUCGCGAUGAGUGGAUGGACGUGGACGUCUAAUACAUUCAAAACGUGGAAAAAGCUAUGGCACAGGAUAACCAGAAAGCAAAGGUAUCCCGAGCUCAGCCACUACCGCCUCAUCAGACGAAUGAGAAAGCGCCGAGUUGGGCCCACCCCACUAGCCGGAGCUGCUGUACUUUUCACACCCGAAGCACGACUAAACGCAAUCAUGGGGGAGGGGGUAAGGAGGUCAAGCAGGAAGCCAAGUCAACCCCGAGAAGAACCAUCAAUCAAAGUCAUGAACGUUUCUUCAGAGUUCACUUCCGGUUUGGAUCCAGCUCAACUCCAGACAGAAAGAACGCAGGUUUUACAAGCAGCCGGUGAAAGCUGUAAACGACGAUCAGUGGACAUCCUCAUGUGACACCAGAACAUCAUGACGUCAGUGAUUGUUGCUAUAGUUACAAAUUAACCACACAGCUUUGUUCUUACGUUAUCAUAACGCAUUUGUGGGAAAUGCACAAAAUAUUUUUUUGAUGACAGCCACAUUUUUAUGCAUCAAAUUAUCGUAUAAAUGUCGCGCAUUUUUCACACGAACGUUUUAUUUAUUGAGGAAACCUGAUAUGAGAUUGAAGUGUAGAUAGUGCUCAGUGCAAUAUAGAUGUUUCAGGAAUAAAAAUUAUUUUUGUGUA